GGCAAGCUGGACUAGCCAUGUUGUUGUUGUGGCUGUAAAGCUAGAAAAUUACUGUCGAUGAAGUGACUGACUGUGAUCCUGACUUUUGGUUUUUUUUCUGUUGGACAUAAACUAACUGAACAUCUCGCCUUACAGGACAGAAGCUCGGUUGUUCUCUUCGUCGGUAUCACUUGCUAACAUCCAUGUUAGCAUUUAGCCUGUCCGUGUAAAUGCUGUUCACUAGAAUGGACCUGUUGAACUCUCAGUUCCUGGACAAGAUGAACAAUAACAUCGGGAGACUGCACUAUGAAGAUGAGUCCAGGAUGCCCUCCCUGCCCACUGCCAUGUCCAACAUGAGCGGGCCUCCUGCACACUGCCCAAGCAAGCGGAAGUAUGGCGAAGAACAAAUGGAAGACCGAAUCAACUGUGAUGAUGACCACAUGACCAAAAUGAGCAGAUUGUUUGCCACUCAGCUGGCCCGUCCCUCUGCUGGAGACAACCGUAAUGAGCACUGGAGCCUGAGUCACAGUCCUGUGGAGCACAUUACAUCCUCGUCUAAUGGUCUCCAUGGAAACCACCUGUAUGCUUCAAUCUCUGGCUAUGCUGUAGAUCAGCCUCUGGCUCUGACCAAAAGCAGCCUGGACAUUGGAGUUGGGGGCAGAGAGAGGUCUGUCAUAGGCGGGCCUGUAGAGCGGCAGCAGAAUCGCCCCUCAGUUAUUACUUGUGCCCCUGCGAGCAACCGCAAUUGUAACCUAUCCCACUGCCACAUGAAUGGCUGCUCUCCCAGCCCACCUGCUGAUGAGAGGAAGACCAAUGCUAAUACAGUCUGUGAUCCUGUGAUUGAGGAGCACUUCCGUCGCAGCCUUGGGAAAAACUACAAAGAAGCGGAGUCUGUGUCCAACUCUGUGUCCAUCACUGGUUCAGUGGAUGACCAUUUUGCCAAGGCACUGGGAGAUGCUUGGCUCCAAAUCAAGGCCAAAGGUGGGGGUCAUCAAACCCCAGAGGCAGAUCCAUAAAGCUGAGGGGAGUAAACAUUACAAUCACUUCCUUGGUGUUCAUAUAUGAGAGUGGAGAUUGUCCACCGUCUUUUUCUUGCCAAGCAUCAACUUCCUUUAGCCAAGAACAAUAUAAGACAUAUGAUGCUCACUUAGCCUGUUCAUUUGUGGACCUCGAGGUAAACCAUUUAUCAGAAAACUCAACUCAGAUUUGGACUCUAAAAUUGGCAAAGUGUCUCUCCUGAAGAGAAAAGAAAUCUUGCAUAGUUGGGUUGACAAUGUUGGCUGUGGAAACUGUACAAUCAUAGAUUUUAUGUUGCAUUGAUAAUGAGAUUCACACAGUGGUCAGUUGUUUAGGAGCUCAUGUUCUGCUUUACCUGCCUUUCACCUACCUUGAUAGCCAAAGAAAUUCCCUGCCUUUUCCAUCAGCAUACAAGCCAUAGAAGUGGUUUUCUCACUAAGUGCUAACCUUCUUAUUGUUUUUGUUUUAAAAUCACACUGCUUUUAAAUCUUAUAUUACUUGAAAAGGAAUUCCAGGUCUCAUUUGCACUAUUACAUUUCUGACCAUUUAGGUAGCAGGUUACCUGUGUUUAAAAAAAUGCGACUUUUGAAAUUGUGAUAAUGCAAUUAAGGCUCUGGUUCCUCUCUGCUUUCUGAAACACUAAAAUUAAUCUAAUCCUGAACUGGACGUAUCCACUGUUAACUAAAUAAUUUUAGUUUCCCUUCUGUAUGCUCACUGUGGCUGAUUACUUAGUAAACUAAUAUCAAUCAUAGUAGAUAUCUCUCUAACUAGGAAGCAUGUUUCAAAUAGCUGGAUUCUAUUACAAACCUUUAUUCUAUACUAUAUAUUUACUCAGAAUUUAUUUUUUAUCUGUAACAUUUUAGAAAUACUCACUGCUGGUACAGUCGUACUCAAUAUAUUUUUUGUAUCUGGUUUUCAUUACUAUAUGUAGGUGUAUAACUUAGCAUCCAUCUACAAAUCACAGCCUCUGGCAAGGUUGUCUGAAUGCAGUUUAAUAGGCUACAUUGCUUUGUUAUUCUAUGGAGCUGGAUGCUAUUGCCUAUACAUGACUGAAUACAGCUAAAUCUCACCCUCUGUAGCACAGUCUAUUAGCAAUGCCUUUAUUUAUUCUGAACACGUUAGUUUCAUGUUGACUUUUGGUAAAACGUAGGGACAACAGAAUUCUAACUUUGAUUUGUUUCUCAUGAGAACGGCAAUGAGACGUCUCCAUCGAUUCAAUGACAAAGCAGUUGAUUUUGUUUAAAACUAAGAAUUUAAUGCAAUAUGGGUGUCCUUAAUUCACGAGUAGGUAUCAACAUCCACCAUGACUGUCACUUCAGUUGUGUUUAGCAAGUACUGUUACAAUUUUUUGUGAGUUUAAAUCCAGGUCACGUCAUUGUGUGAGCUGCAAAAAUCUUCCUUAUCAUGGAGAAAAGAUGUAAGUGAGUCACAAAGUAUUUUAUGCAGUUGAGUUUUGUUUAAAUUAAUUUCUCACCCUUUUGAAAUUCUCUACUUAUAGUAGUGUAACCUAUUUGUCAACACUGAUUAAGAUAUGGUAUUGUAAAUUCAGAUUUUUUAAAAUUUCAAUUGUCUGUGAAAACAAACAUUUGUAUUAAUAUUCUACAGUUUUAAAAUUGUUACAUACACUAUCCUGUCUUUAUAUUUUAUUUUACUCAUAUAAGACUAUCAUUGCGCCGCGCGGAAUGAUCAUAGAUGUUUUGUUUCUAUUAAGAGUAGUGUACUCAUAUGUAGCAUGGAGGUUCAUUAUCUUCUAACCAUGCAUUUCAUCUUUCUAAAAGUUGAUUAUUUUCCCACAUUUGUCAGAUAAUGAAUAAGUGCAGGAACACAACAGUCUUUUGAUCAAAGACUUUCUUGGUGCAGUUUCAGAAAGACCUCUGUGCUAACAGUUUAAAGAGUUUGUUUAGCUUUCUGCGUGUACCAUAGUGGGAUUUAGGGCUUAUCAUGGGAUCUACUUGUUUGACACAAGUAGGUUUUUCAGUAAUAUGUUUGGGGUAUUAGUCCAUUGUUAUUUAAUUGCUAUAUUUAGAUUAUCUGUAUCUCAAAGACUGUUUGCAGAAAGUACCUGCUCCAUGUGUCAACCACAUAGAGGGAAAAAAAGCAACAUUUGUAUACUUAUGUCCUUAUUUCUCUGGAAGAAAGCACCACUGUUUUGUACUUAAUUUCUUCCAAAUAAAGAUACAAAUGCCUACCUUUGCAUAGGCUGUUUUCUUGUCAUCCCCUUU